AUGAACACGUCAUUCAUCGGAAUCGCUAUCUGCUUUGUUGGCUCGUUUUUAGGAGCACUGGGAGAUAAAUUAGUUCAUGAUAGUUACAGUAAAGAAGAUGUAAAAAAACAACACAUGUCCAAAAUGACCCUAUGGAUAUUUGGAACCAUAUUGAGUGUUGUUAUAGAUCCAGUAUUUACAAUAUUUGCAUUAUACUUCACUUCAGCUGCUUUAGUUGCUCCUUUUGCAGGUGUACAUAUUUUAUGGAAUUUAAUAAUAUCUAACAUUUCGUUAAAAAUAAAAACGAAAUUUCAUCAAUAUAUGGGAUCCUUUUUUUUAAUCUGUGGUAUUGCAUUAAUUAUUAUUUUUUCUGAAAAAAAAGUAGACAUAAGCAGUAUGAACGACUUAGCUAUCUUGUAUAGUCAAACAAAGGUUGUCAUUUAUCUUAUUCUUACUUUUACUACUAUUAUUAUACUCUUAAUUAUUUGUUUACUUCCUUUUUUUUUUAAAGAUAUACAAAAUAAUUCCCCUUAUGAAAAUGAAAAAAUUUUUUACGCUAAAAAAUUUGUUACAAACAUGUAUUCACGUUCACGUGAAAAUUCAUUUUUUCAAAAAAUUAAUCCGCGUGUCAAAUUAUUAGGAAAUGUAUUUUCAUCUAAAAUGGAAAAAGGAGAUUCUCCUCAGCAUAUCUCUCCCAGGUUCUACAAUCAUUCACUUCUUCUUGUGAAAAACAAUGAUGGCCAUGAUUCCCUUGGGGAUAACCCCAACUUCAAUGAUCGUAAAAGCAUACCUACAAGUGGCAGUUCUAGUCCAAUUUGGAAUGAUACAGAAUCAGGUACAUCCAUCGAUAUUGACAAUUCUUCUGUAUUGUCAAAAAAUGGAUAUAGAAAAAAAGAUUUGAGUAAUCACAUUGGUAGUGAGGCUGAAAUGGAGGAACUUGUCUUGUCCAGGGGUGGGUUCAUAUUGCUUAAUGAGAUAGAAAAAAACGCAAAAAUGGGAGAAAAACCAAGAAACUUUUGUCUCAGAAAAAAUAAAGGCACAUACCGAUCUGAUGCUACCGUAGCACAUCUAUGCGUGAACACGUUAUUUCCUCUUAAUCCGGCAGAUAAAAUUAAAAAAAACAAUAUCAAAUCGAGUAAGCAAGGUAAAAAGAGAUACAAAGAAGGGGAAAAAAAAACAUAUCAGGAAAGAGAAAAAGAAAGGGACGAAGAAAGUGGAACACAUAGGGUCUUUUCCCAAUUUUGCAAAAGUGAUAAAUCUAUGGUGAAACAUAAAGGAGAUAUCAAGUGGAUGAACCUUGAGUUAUUGAACUACGCUCGUUCUAGCCACCCAGAUAUGCAAAAAUUGAAGUAUGAGAAAAAAAUGAAAACGUGGAAAGUUCAUUGUCGUGGUGAAAUACAUCACAAAUCAGGUGAAAGAAACCAUAAGCUAAAAUGGCAAAAUAGACAUCGCAUAAAAAAUGGAUGUAACACAUCAUCUAGCUACAUUCACAUAGAAUCCAAAAUAAAUCAUGCAAUAAAUGACACUACAGAAGGAAUUAUACUUACUAAAGUGAACAAAAAAAAUGAUAAUUUAUUAUCACCACACAAUAGUGUCAAAGUGCUAAAAAAAUAUCUUCUAAAAAAGAAUAGAAAAAAAUUAAAAAAAUUCACAAAAAAAAAGACAAAAUUUGUUCCUUAUAUAAAUGAACACAAGCAAUAUUCCCCUAGGAUAGUGGACAUACCCCACGUUAAUGCUAAAUCAAAUCAUCCUGAUUCAAGCGAAGUUAAAAACCAUUUUUGUCAUAUAGAUUUUCUUAAAUACGGAGACCAAAUUGACACACCUACAAAUUGGAAAGAAGGGGAAUCAUUCUCUUUAAUGGUUUAUUCACCAACGUUCACAGUUUCGGAUGGAGAUGUGGGUGGUGCCUGCACAAAUGGAAGUUCGGAUAAGGGUAGCAUUGGGCGUCUCGCGAGAGGAGGAAGUGGAAGAAGUGAGAAAAGUGAGAGAAAUGAGAGAAGUAGACGAUGCGAGAGAAGUGGAAGAAGUGGAAGAAGUGGAAGAAGUAGAAGAAGUGGAAGAAGUGGAAGAAGUAGAAGAAGUGGAAGAAGUGGAAGAAAUGGAAGAAGUGGACGAAGUGAACAAAACGAACGAGGUAACGGGGUCCAUUUUCCGUACCUAGUUUUUAUCGCAUCUAUCUAUUCAACACCACCCAAGUCUGACAAACUGCGAAAAAAUGAAAUAUACUACAGAAUUUGCUGCUGCACAUUAUGUGGAAUGUCAGGAGGCUUCGUUAAUAUUUUUUCAGAACAAAUAAUUGGAGUAUUUUCAAGAGAAAAUAUACAUAUAUUUCAACACCCCUUUUCAUAUAUAUUAAUCAUAUUAACCCUUUUUUGUUUAUGUAAUCAACUGUUCUUUUUAAACAUAUCUUUAUCAAAAUUUAGCGUUACAUCUGUCAUCCCACUGAUAAUGUCCAAUAUCGUUUUUUUCAGCAGCCUCACUACUAUAAUAAUGCAAGAAAAAGAAUCCGUUAUUCAACCCAAUAAUGCCAUUUUCUUCUCUCUCGGUGUCUUGCUUGUCAUCUUGGGCAUUUUGUACUUGCAGUAUAAUAUUAACCGCAUUAUUUUGAGAUAUUUCAAGACCAAAAAUGGGUAA